GUAGUAAACUUCUGAUUUCAAUUUAUUUAAGUGUAAAAUCACUAUUUUUAUAUGAAUAGAUUUUGUAUUGCUGAUGUUCGUUUUAAAAAUUAAAAUUGUGAAAGCAAGUUAAAAUCUUAGCAAACAACCACGUAGUAAGUGAAGACGAUUUUUGACAAGUUUUAAGCCUUCUUUUUAGAAAUAAUUUAAACUUUUUUAAAAACGAAAACGGGAACAAUGGACAUUCUUUAGAAAUAUACCCCUUUAUAAAAAUUUGAAUUAGUUCGCAAUAGGAACUAGAUAUAUAACCCUGUUAUAAUUUAAGAAUUAAAAACUACCUAAAUACGAUUGAAAAGCGUUCUCUAUCUAACAUUAAAAUCAAAAGAUUGAAAAUUGUAUUAUUUUCAUGACCAAUAAAAUGUUGAUAAAAAUGAGAUCAUGAGAACAACGAUUAAUUUUUAAUUAAAUCUAUAUCUUUUCAUUUUCAUUUGUUUGAAUUUGAACUUGUAGAAACUGAUAUGAAGUAAAGGCAAAGAAUUAUCUUCCAAUAUUAAACAGCACUGCAAUUACUUUUGACUUAGAACAAGCAAAAUACUUAGCACAAAUACUUUUUCUUGAUACGAAAUUUUAUUUGAAACAGUGACCUUAAAUUGGGUCACCUUAUGUAAGCUAAUCAAAUAAAGAAGACAAAGUGGAGUCCGGCAAGAAAUACCCGGGCUCAACUAUGGGUAAAGUGCCUAAAAAGAGCCGGAAGAUGUUCUUAAAACGGUCAUCUUCCGGGACAGUAACUUCUUUCAAAAAACUUCAACUGUCUCUUUUGAAUACUGAUAUUAUGAGAAAAGCAUGCACUGGACGAGCGUCGUCUACCUUGUUGCCAAAGAAGCCCAUAGAACUUUCUAAGUUUCCAGAGUAUAUGGAAAUGACCAGGAAAUAUGAUGUGAUUUUGAGAACUGAAUUUCAAGUUUCUUCGAAAGGAGAAUCUCACAGUACUCGUCACGCAUCGAAAGCUGCUAAUGAAACAAAAAACAGUUAUAAGAAAUUAGUACCUUUUGAUUAUAAUCGAGUGGUUUUGGAGCCUCUACCAGGUGUUCCAGAUUCAGAUUACAUUAACGCCUCUUAUAUAGAUAGUAUUUUGAAACCAAACGCUUUUAUAGCUGCUCAGGGACCCAAUGAAUUCACUGUUUCCGAUUUCUGGAGAAUGAUCUGGGAACAAGAAUCAUAUGUUAUAGUCAUGCUCACUAAAGUUUUUGACUUCAUACGGGUUAUGUGUGUACAGUAUUGGCCAACAGACCUUGAUAAACCAGAGGAAUACGGAAACAUUGAAGUCACUUUACUUGGCGAAGAGCAGCUUGCGAAUUUUUUCAUUAGAACACUCAAAGUUCGAAAAGCACAAGAAGAACGAGAAAUUGUUCAACUUCAUUACACCAAUUGGCCUUCACACACAUGCCCUUUUCCUAGUGCAUUAUUAGAAUUUAGGAGGCGUGUCCAAGUGUAUAUGAUGCGUUAUCCUAGUACGGGACCAGUUAUUGUUCACUGCAGUGACGGAUGUGGCCGAACGGGAGCAUAUCUUUGUAUUGAAGCAAACCUGGAACUUGCGGACGAAGAUUUUUGCUACGAUGUUUUCGGAUAUGCAAAGAAAUUAAGAGCAUCACGCAGAGGAAUGAUAGAAACGGUGGAGCAGUAUAGGUUCAUAUACGAAACCUUGGAGGAAGCAGAUAUCUGCGGUUCCACAUGGUUUCCUGUGAACGCACUCUCACAGCAACUCAAGUACAAGUCUAUGAAAAAUAAAAUAACAGGAAUGAAUGAGUAUCAAAGGGAAUAUCAGGGUUACACGAGAUCAAAGGAGUACAUCAACACUGAAUGGCCACUACAGCGCACAGUUCAAGAUUUCUGGUCAUUAGUCUAUGAUCAUGAUUGUAACACUGUGGUUGUUCUAUGCAGUCCACCACCUUCACAUACAUAUCCACCGUUUUGGCCGAAAGAACGAGAAAAAAAGAAGAAAUACGGUCCCGUAUUCACUGUAGAGCUAGUUUCCUCUAGUCACUAUCCCAACAUCAAAACUUGGAUUUUUAAAAUAUUAAAAAGGGUUGUUUCUCUCACAGAAUUAAUGGCUGGAGUAAAAGCAGAACCCAAAACCACUCAAAUCUUCCAAAUAACUUGUUGGCCUUUGGGUCACAAGGUGCCUACCUCUACCAAUGCCUUGGUCGAACUUAUGAACAUGGUGGAAAGAUGGCGGCAGAGGUCAGCUUAUGGACCAGUUAUUGUUCUAUCUACAAAUGGCAAAAGCCGAUGUGGUGUAUAUUGCGCUGCCUGUGUAGCCAUCGAGCAAGUGAUUCAACAUGGAGAAGUGGAUGUGUUUCAAGCUGUUAAGACAGUUCGUAGGCACAGACCACAGCUUGUGGAAAAUAUGACGGAGUACAAGUACUGUUAUGAUCUCGUUUUGCAUUACGUUUUACAUUACUUGAAUUCUCUCUAAGUG